CCCUCUCUCUCUCUCUCUCCCCGCACAAGACGCUUCGGCAUCUGUCUCUCUAUGCCAUCAGACGCUCAGACUCCUCAAAUGGUCACUGAAUGUGAUGUGAGGUCCACGACUGUUCUAACGGCACCAUUAUCACUGGAGGAUGAAUCAGCUGCCAAUUACAGAGCUCCUAAUAUUCUACAACGAAUUUUGAGUAUCUUGAAAGAUGUACGGCCAGGAUCUGAUCUUACUCGCUUCCAGCUGCCACCACUCUUCAACAUUCCAAAGUCACAGCUUCAGUGUUUUGGAGAAUCGUUGUAUUGCAUUAAUGCUGAUAUGUUGAGUAGGUGCGCCAAUGGGGAGAGCGCGUUUGACCGAUUUACAUCUGUUGUUGCUUGGAACAUAUCUACCUUGCGUCCUCCAAUGUUUGGUUUAGCUCCUUACAAUCCCAUUCUUGGCGAGACUCACCAUGUCUCAAGGGGCAGUCUCAAUGUGCUACUAGAACAGGUUUCGCAUCACCCACCAGUGUCUGCCCUUCAAGCGACAGAUGAAAAGGACAACUUGGAAAUGAUAUGGUGUCACUAUCCUGUUCCAAAAUUCCAAGGUAUUUCUAUAGAAACUGAGGUGCAUGGGAAAAGGCAGCUGAAGUUCCUGAAUAAGGGUGAAACUUAUGUGAUGAACUCCCCGAAACUUGUGAUAAGAUUUUUACCAAAGCCUGGUAUUCAUUGGUUGGGAAAUGUUACAGUCAGAUGUCAAGAAACAGGCCUUGAAGCUGAGUUAUGCAUUGGUGGCAAUUCGUUUCUAAGUCGUUGGGCAAACUACAGGUCUAUCAAAGGGAAGAUCUUCAUGUCUUCGUCAUUAAAAACCAUUUAUGAGAUUAAUGGUCAUUGGGAUAGAACGGUCACGAUCAAGGACACUGCCAAUGGAAAAGUCACAGUGAUAUACAAUGCAAGGGAAGCAAUUUCCGGGCUCAAGACACCCUUUGUUAAGGAUCCAAAGGGGGUAUUGCCGAGUGAAUCAGCUGUAGUGUGGUCUGGGGUGAGCCAAAGCAUCCUAAGCAAAUGCUGGGAGAAAGCAAGAGAAGCAAAGACAGCAGUUGAGGAAAAGGAAAGAGAGCUUGUAAAGGAGAGAGUCUCAAAAGGAGAAACAUGGGUUCCAAAGCAUUUUACUGUAUCUUACACCAAGGAAAGUGGGUGGGACUGUUUACCAAAUCACAAGCUGGUCCCACCAGCUCCAAUUGUUGUUCCUUCUUGAUCUAAUGAUUUGUAUCACACAGUAUUUUUCAUGCUUAUCUAUA